AAUUGUCAGUGCAAACUUUAUCGUUUUUGCACUAACAAUUCUUCUCUACUAUAAAAACAAUUGACUAUGACUUGACUAUUGACUAUUGACUAUCGCUCUUCUUCCAUAGAUACUUUUUGUCCCUCUAAUCAUGGAAGCUAAUGCACUCCAAGCUAAAGCAGAAACGACGAAGGUUGAAGCUCAGUUGGGGAAUGGUUCUCCAUCCGAGCAGUUCACAUGGGCCAUUGACAAUUUUUCCAAACUUAAUGUGAAGGGGCUCUAUUCUGAUGUAUUCCAUGUAGGAGGCUACAAAUGGAGGAUUCUAGUUUUUCCUAGAGGGAACAACGUGGAUUAUUUAUCAGUAUACCUAGCUGUUGCUGAUUCACUAACUUUGCCUCAUGGUUGGAGUAUAUAUGCCAUGUUCAGCUUAUCUGUUAUCAACCAACUUGAUCCUAAAUACACAGUUGCAAGAGCAUUUGAACAUGAGUUUAAAGCGGGUGAGAGGAACUGGGGUUUCCCAUCAUUUGUUGCUCUUGGGGAACUAAUUGACUCUACCAAAGGUUUUCUUGUGAACGACACUUGCAUAGUUAAAGCAGAGGUAACAUUGAAGAAAGAGCAAGAUGAAAAUGAGCUAAAGAUAGAGGAAAAGGAAGUCCCUGUUGAAUCUCAGCCAGAACCUAAAUCUAUUGAUUCACAAACUAUCAUUCCAGAUGCUCAUCUAAGUGAGCUCCCUACAACACCAGAGAAUCUCAUUCAUGAGCAAAUAACACAAGUGGCGGUUCCCUCAGAUGUUAAUGGAGAAAAUCUUAUGUCCAAAGCAAACACUUAUGCUCAAGCCAUUACUGCUGCUAGUCUCUUAAUUGAAUCCUUACAACAGACUCAACAGGUUACUCUUAUGACCAAGGAUGUGCAGGAAGAAGCUAAAACGACAUCCAUUCCAUUGGCCCCGCUUAUUGUUGAUCCACCAACUGUCCAGCUUCCUCAGCAGCCAACUGUUGUAGAAGAUGAAAUAAGUCCCUUUUAUUUGUCUGAAUUAGAUGCCUUAUUUGGUGACAUUAAAAAUCUAUUAGCAGGAAAGAGUUCCAACUCAAACACUUUGAGCAGCUCGUGCCCUCCUCGUGCAUGUAGCGAAGAGGAGAUUUCCCAUGCAAAGAACAUUUUCAAAGAAUGCCUUAAUAUGAAGCUUGCCCGUGUUAUCGAAGAAGGUCGAGAAACUGAGCUCAAGAAUUCACUUUCUAUCAUGAUAACUGGCAAUGCAUGUCCUGAUCACAUUGUAAGUUUUACAACCAAGUUUGUAGACAACUUAGAGCAAUACGCAGGUGCACGGCAAGACUUAAGGGAGGUUCAAGAUAAGGAGAAAUCAAUAGAUGAUGAGCUGGAGACUACUGCAAAACAAUUAGCUUCUGAGUUCAUGCCUCUGAGGAAUCAGGCUGAGGCUGUUGAUCAAGAAAUAGCUGAACUAGAAAGACAGUUGAGUGAGAAGAAGGCAAAGAAGGUAUGGCUUAAAAAGAGUCUUGAAGAUUUAGUUGAUCGAGCAACUACUUCAAAACAAGCAUUGAUCGAUGCUCAAGAGGUCAUUUCGCUGUUGAGAAACAAGAAGAAACAAGUUGAGAAGAUGGUUAGUGAAAUGGAAUGGUCAUGGGAGAUUCUGAAGUCUUCAAUUCCCUGACUCGAUUGACUAUUUGGAACUAUGUUUAUCGUGUGACCAAAGGAACAAUUGUGGCAAUACUAGUGGUGGUGGUGGAACAAGUUGUGUGUUUGUGUUUGCGUAGUGUGAGUUGCCACUUCGGUUGGCGCUUCACCAUAAUUUGGGAGGCUUAUACCGCCCAUCAUAUUCAUAUGUUGCUCUUAGGCUUUUGUUUAAGUUAUUCAAAGCUUAUGAAUAAGAAAAAAAUGUUCUAGUUUAUUCA